GAAUGUUAUUUUAUACGUAAAAAUCGCGACGUGUAGAUCUGGGACCUAGAUACUGCGUUGAGAAUUUGCUAAAGGAAAAGAGUAGAUUAUGCAGUGCAUUUCGUUCAAAAGUUUAGUAGAACAGUGAUUAAACGUUUUUGUUUAAAUAUUACAUUAAACUGAAUACAGUGCACAACGAUGGGUGAAGAGCAGGACCAAUCGAAAAAUGCCGCGAAGAAGGCUGCAAAGGAAGCUGCCAAAGCUGCCAAGAAAGCAGAGCACAAAGCUGCCGCAGCUGCUGAAAAAGGCCAACAAGAGACAACGGACACCGAAAGUAAGGACUACGCGGAGGGUCUGUACGGUGUAACUAAAAUGAUUCAAAGUACGGUCAAACAUUCGGAGCGAAACUUUGUGCCGGUUCAUGAACUCUCCAGUAAUAUGAAGGACUCCGUUGUGUGGGUCCGCGGACGAGUUCAUACGACACGUAGUAAGGGCAAACAGUGUUUCCUGGUGCUUCGACAGCAGAGUAGUACAGUGCAAUGUGUGGUGGCUGUGAACGACGAUACCGUGUCGAAACAGAUGGUUAAAUUUUCUGGAAGUGUGCCACGUGAGAGUAUCGUCGAUAUAAAGGCGCGGGUUAUUCCUGUUGCGAAUAAGAUUGAGGCUUGCACGGAGCAGAAUUUGGAGCUGCAUGUGGUUGAAUUGUAUUUAGUAUCGUCUGCUAAAGCUCAACUUCCGCUGCAGAUUGAGGAUGCUGCGCGUCCUGAAAAGUCCGAAGAUCCGGAAGCAUUGCGCAUUCGUGUCAACCAAGAUACUCGGUUGGACAAUCGUGUUUUGGAUUUGCGAACUCCAGCAAACCAAGCAAUUUUUCGACUGGAGGCUGGUGUGUGUAAACUGUUUCGCGACAUUCUUGCCCGGCAAGGCUUUACAGAGAUACACACUCCAAAGAUUAUUUCGGCAGCCAGUGAGGGUGGUGCGAACGUGUUUACGGUUAGCUACUUCAAAGAUUCAGCUUAUCUUGCUCAAUCACCUCAGCUGUAUAAGCAAAUGGCAAUUGCAGCUGAUUUUGACAAGGUGUUCACGGUUGGUGCUGUGUUCCGCGCGGAGGACUCCAACACGCACCGACAUUUGACCGAGUUUGUUGGACUUGAUCUGGAAAUGGCUUUCAAGUAUCACUACCAUGAGGUAUUGGAUACCAUUGGAAAUACGUUCACGGAGAUGUUCAAAGGCUUACGCGACAGCUAUGCUCGUGAGAUCGCUGCCGUCGGUCAGCAAUUCAAUGUAGAACCGUUUAAGUUCCUGGAACCGCCAUUGAGAUUGGAAUUUGCACAAGCUGUCCAAAUGCUUCGGGAGGCUGGUGUUACGAUGGAUGAAGAAGAAGAUUUGUCAACACCAAGCGAAAAGCUGCUCGGCAGAUUGGUGAAAGCAAAGUAUGACACCGACUUUUAUAUACUGGACAAAUUUCCUCUGGCGGUGAGACCAUUCUAUACAAUGCCGGACCCUUCCAAUCCCAAGAUAUCGAACUCGUACGACAUGUUCAUGCGUGGCGAGGAAAUCUUGUCCGGCGCACAGCGUGUCCACGAUCCUGAUUAUCUGGUGGAACGCGCAAAGCAUUAUGCAAUCGACAUUUCCAAGAUUGCCGCUUACAUUGAGGCGUUCCGUUUCGGGUGUCCACCUCAUGCCGGUGGUGGAAUCGGACUGGAGCGAGUCGUAAUGUUAUACCUGGGACUGGACAACAUCCGUAAAACAUCAAUGUUUCCACGUGACCCGAAGAGACUUACACCCUAAACUGUGUCUAGCCGUCAGGUAUCAAGCACCACAGUUAUACGUUUACGAAUACGAGCACAAUCAUUCCCUCCUCAGUUGGCUCUACGUUUCCGUUCAAAAUGGGUGGGCAGUAGUUGGGGGCAGGAUAACGACAGUAUAAUCAUUACUGGUUUACUACUCUCCAAAUUCAUCUUCUGGCGUCAUAAUAUUCUAUAUGCAAAAGGGAAUCAAAACUAUUAUUGAAAAACAAAACAGAAGACUUAAUACUUAGAACAAAUUAGAAAUCUUGUUAUACUUAUUUGGAACCUCAAUGAGCUUGUGCGAUUUUUUUUGUGAAAGAGGUGUUUGAUUUUCCUAAGAUGGCUUAAUACUGCCUUUGUGAAACACAAUGUCAGUGAAAUGUACAUUAAAACUAUUCGUACUGGAUACAAAUA